AUGGUGUCAUCAGCUCCAGCUCCUUCAGAGCCUAAAGAAGUUCCAGCAGAUGAUACAUGGACUGAAAAAGGUCCGUCUCGUGAAGCCAAAUGGUGGUACUCGACAUUUCACACUGUCACGGCCAUGGUUGGUGCUGGUGUCCUCAGCCUGCCUUAUGCCAUGGCUUACUUAGGAUGGGGUCCGGGGACAUUGGCAUUGGCAAUAUCUUGGAUUAUCACAUUGAAUACCAUGUGGCAGAUGAUACAGCUCCAUGAAUGUGUUCCUGGGGUUCGUUUUGAUCGGUACUAUGACCUUGGCCGACAUGCCUUUGGCCCGAAAUAUGGGGCAUGGAUAGUACUCCCUCAGCAGCUUAUUGUCCAAGUUGGUUGUGACAUUGUAUAUAUGGUCACUGGAGGAAAGUGUCUCAAGAAGUUCAUGGAAAUAGCCUGCACCAAUUGCCACCCAAUUAGGCAAUCUUACUGGAUUUGCAUCUUUGGAGGUCUCCAUUUCUUCCUCUCUCAAUUACCUGACUUCAAUUCUGUUUCUGGUGUUUCACUAGCAGCUGCAGUCAUGUCUCUAAGCUAUUCAACUAUAGCUUGGGUGGCCUGCUUGAGUCGAGGCAGGGUCGAAAACGUGAACUAUGGGUACAAGAAAACGAGUGGAGCUGAUUACAUGUUUCGUGUUUUUAACGCUUUGGGGCAGAUUACAUUUGCCUAUGCUGGCCAUGCUGUGGUGCUUGAAAUUCAGGCCACAAUUCCAUCCACUCCUGAGAAGCCCUCUAAGGUUCCAAUGUGGAAAGGUGCUGUUUGGGCAUAUUUCAUCAAUGGAAUCUGCUAUUUUCCAGUUGCUUUGGUUGGAUACUGGGCAUUUGGCCAAGAAGUAGCUGAUAAUGUGCUUGUUGCACUUCAGAGACCAUCAUGGCUCAUUGCUGCUGCUAACUUAAUGGUAGUCAUCCAUGUUAUAGGAAGCUAUCAGGUUUAUGCAAUGCCAGUAUUUGACUUGGUUGAGAGAACAAUGGUGAAAAGAUUGAACUUUCCCCCGGGAGCUACGCUAAGACUCAUUGUUCGUUCUGCUUAUGUUGCUUUCACCCUAUUUAUUGGUGUCACCUUCCCUUUCUUUGGUGAUCUUCUCGGUUUCUUCGGCGGAUUUGGCUUUGCUCCAACUUCUUACUUUCUACCAAGCAUAAUAUGGCUAAAACUAAUGAAACCAAAGAGAUUCAGCUUAUCGUGGAUUGUCAACUGGGCAUGUAUUUUUAUUGGAGUGUUCAUUAUGGUGGCAUCCACUAUUGGUGGACUGAGGAAUAUAGUUGCUGAUUCCUCCACUUAUGAAUUCUACUCUUGA